AUGUAUACUCCGGAAAUGGUCCUCUUAGAAGUUCCUCAAGACUCCGAUUUGGGACAGCCUCUGUUUCUGAUCUACACGAACGAUCCUCCAGAUCUGCUUGAAUGUUCAUGUCUACUUUUUGUGGAUGACUUUUCAUCCUGGAGUUUUGAGACAAGUACCCUCCAAAUGGAUAAGGACGCUGUAAAACAUCGGUCGUUGGACUGGCGCCUUCCUCGUAAUGACGAAAACGGCUUCCAUAUGUCGUUCGGAGAAGACUCAGCGAAUGCCUUUGCCAUACUUGAAAUGAUUGAAGAAUAUUUCUCAUGUGGUACAAGACAUGCCAAACUGGAAAAACAACGGGAACUUUUGCGUAGAAAACAGAAGGAGAAGCAUGCGCAUCAAGUUCUGUCACUUCAUGCGACAUCCGAAAACGUCGAGCAUCUGAAACGAGAUUUACAUAGUCGAGGAGCUCAUAACAAUGAUAAUAAUCCUAGCAAACACACAAAGAACGAUGCUUGGGCUCCUUUUGCAUAUGACGGCCCACAGUCGUUUGAUUUGGCUAACCCGGACGAACUUGAUCGUGCUGAGGUUCAAGUCAUCCGUGUAAGUAAUUCGCUGCACGAUGGCGAUUGUCACCCACAAAGUUCGUCGGAUCGACCGACUCCUUAUACGGAAUCCGAACUACUAUCGUCCUCGUCGUCGAAAGAAGUCAACUCACCAGGCAUCACUCGUUCCAGUACAAUCAUUUCGUCGCUAGAUCAAGAUACUCUGUUACUUUCGCCAAGUGAGGAAGAGGAAGAAGGAAAGGGUCAGUCAAAUCUUCGUUCUGGAGAUCAACCUGUAACUGUUGAUGGCUCGGUAUCUCCAAGGCACACGUCUCCCUAUCUACGAACAACCGAAAAUUCUACGCCUCUAUCCCACCGUGAACGCGUUGAAGGGCACCUGAUAGAUUGGAAUGCAGAUCCUGAAACUAUGUUUCAUGAACAGGAACAAACAGCUCUGGUGACAACACUUGCUCAGCCUUAUGGUGAUUCUGAACCGAUGCGCCUAGGUGACAACUUUGUACAGCGUGCGUUCUUGAUCAGCCGAGCUAUAGAUUCUCUAAAGGCCACAGAUUCCCCGAUUGACCUAAGUCAAGUUAAUCUUGUGACAAUGUAUGGCGCAAUCAAGUUUGACGGUUAUUCCAGCGCUGCCGUGGAUUCUCUAAAGGCCACAGAUUCCCCGAUUGACCUAAGUCAAGUUAAUCUUGUGACAAUGUAUGGCGCAAUCAAGUUUGACGGUUAUUCCAGCGCUGCCGUGGGUGAGUUGCGUGUCCGAAAACGUCCGUCUUGCAGCUCACCGUCAAAUUUGUUGUCCAAUCCGACUACCUCAGCAAACCAGACUGGAUCAUCUCUUUGUAAGCCGACCGCUUCUCCUCCUCCGGCACCGAAAAGGAAAGCAACCAAAAACCGAAACGAGCCACCCGUAGUUCCACAAACUACCUCUUCACCUGUCCAAAACCCAGUAUCCAAUGCGCGACCUACAAAACCACUGACCGAGACAAGCCGUCUGAUUGAUGACUUGACUACAUAUCCAAAGUCAAGUCCAUUUAGACGUGUUCCUAUGGUCAACAAACCUUCGGUUAAGAAUCGUGUGACAUACAAACCCAGAUAUUCUAGCCAUCGGCCAGCUCCACGGAGCAACACUCAGCCCAACCAAUUCCACUAUUCCAAGCUUUCGGAAUUAACACUGUCAGAUGAAUCGGAAUCGAUGGGUCGGGUGUGUCCAAUCAAGCCGCGACAAGCCAAGCAACGGGCUCUGCCCACCAGUUCGAACGCGCACGUUACACGACAACCAGUUGUUCUGUUUGCAACCACUGCAUUCACAAAAGACAAAUUGUUUCGAAUGAAUGAGCCCCGACGAACCGAAAAUAAGGAGCGAACGAGUGCCCUGCGAAACAGCAGAAUGAAGAAAGUUAGAACAAAAUUAAAUAAAGGGAAGAAAAAGACUGGAUUUCCCACUGAGACGAACGAUACGAAGCUGGAUCCCACCGUACCGAACGUAUCAGAUACCGGGGAUUGCGAUACUUUAUUACUUCAUGACGAGUCUACAGCGAAUGAUGAGCGCAGUCCAGCUGAAGAACGCCUAGCUGAAACAUUUUUGGAUUCCAUAGACAACCUGGAAGACUUUGUACUCCAGCCUGCACCAAAGGGCAUCACCGUCCGUUGUCGAAUCACCCGAGACAAACACGGCGUUGAUCGUGGUAUAUUCCCCACCUACUAUGUCCAUCUAGAAAGAGAUGAUCGAAAAUUCUUCCUGCUAGCAGCCCGGCGACGAAAACGAUCUGCCACCAGCAACUAUGUGAUUUCAUGUGAUGCGACCGAUUUAUCGCGUAGAGCGGACAGUUUCGCGGGAAAACUGCGGUCAAAUUUUCUUGGUACGCAGUUUGUCAUCUAUGGAGACAGCGCUGGUAUUGGUUGUGGUGUUGUUGGUAAGCGCUCAAAAAGACCGGAUUUAGCGUUGGGAAACCGAUCGCGCGCCAGUCUACGGUCGACUGAGAGCAGUUUUGAGUUCACCGAUGACAGCUCGUGGACCGGCGCUACGGACGAUUUGCGCGAACUGGCGGCAAUUAUUUAUGACACUAAUGUGCUAGGAUUCAAAGGACCCAGAAAAAUGACCAUCCUUAUUCCGCAAUUGGACUCAAAUGGCCAACGCAGACAGUUCGGUGGAGAUCCGCCAAGCAAGAGUCUUAUUGAGGUGUGGAAGCAACACUGUACACAUAACCUACUGGAACUGCACAACAAAAAUCCGGUUUGGAAUGAAGACACCCAGUCCUACGUGCUUAACUUUUACGGCCGCGUCACGCAAGCUUCAGUGAAGAACUUUCAGAUCAUUCAUGAGUCCGACCUGAACUAUAUAAUCAUGCAAUUUGGACGCGUGGCUGAAGAUGAAUUCACCAUGGACUACUCCUAUCCGAUGUGUGCACUACAAGCUUUCGGCAUUGCCUUAUCCUCAUUUGACAGUAAAUUGGCCUGUGAAUAGCCAGGACGGCAUGGAACAGGAUUGCAUACGCUCCUUGUACAUGUGUUGCAUUCCAAUCGCUGUGAUCCCCUGUCCUCUGUUUAUUUCAUCCCCACAACCACCGAUUGCCUGCAUUUCCGCACACACACACACACACACAAAGCCACUGCACACUUCGCACCGCUAUUGUCUAUUUUCAGUUAUGUUUCGUUCAAGUUUUUUAUUCGUUUUUCUUGUGAUCUCAUUCUUCAUCGAUUGCAUUUGAGCCAAAGCAUAUGUAACGGAAUAUUCUGUGUGGUUCUGACUGACUUUUGAAAUUCUCUAGUUUCGUUUAUCACAGUGUUUAACUCCAUUAGCGCCAGUUUCUUCCACCGAUCGGGCAUAGGCUUUCUCCCUCUGCCUGAGUUGCAUUUUAAUUCCACUUUGUGCACAUCGCAGACAGAUUCAUUCCCGUCGCCACUUCACUUAUUUCUGUCGAAAACCGAUUUGUCCGGCAGGCAUGUCAGAUUUUAAACUAGCUGCGUUACAAAACAUUCCGCAGUGAAGUGCAAAGUCUUCGCUCUUUGUAUACCUAGAUUUGGAUGGUUAAGUCCUCCAAGAACCAGUCACUCUUUGCAGACAACUGUAAAAUCCAAGCUCAUACGCUUACCGAAUUGUCAUCAGUUGCCUU